CAUACUUGUUCUAACGAGAGAAACGACAAUUUCGAUCGCAGACUUCCCUUCUCAUUUCCACCACACCAUUCACCAGAAGUCACUGUCGCCAUGGGUGGAAGCAAGACGUCUGCCGACGAGGUCAGGCCAGCCAUGUCUGAGGAUAUGAUCGGCACUGUGGACAAAGAAAUUAUCGCUGAGAAUGAGUUCGAGGUCUUCAAGAAGGGCGAAGGCAUGGUCGACUUUCGCACAGUCACCUGGUAUCAUGCUGCCAUGAUCUUUUUCAAGAUCAUCUUUGCCACCGGUGUUUUAUCAAUCCCAACCGCCAUGUACACCCUAGGAGCCUUUCCCGGUGCCAUCAACAUCAUCGCGUGGACACUCCUGAAUGCCUACUGCGCCAUCAUCCAGGGUAACUUCCGUAACUCUCAUGCCGGCUGCCACAGUAUUGCCGACAUGGCCGAACUCGUGGGCGGCGUCGUUGUCAAGGAGCUGGUCGGCUUCUUGUUCAUUGCUGCCUACAUCAUCUGUGCUGGUUCUGGAAUCGUUGGUGUUUCUGCUGCUCUGAACGCCUUGUCCAACCAUUCCCUCUGCACCAAUUGGUUCACUUUUAUCGCUGCCGUCAUUGUCGCAAUCUUUGCCAGUGUGAGAAAAUUCGAGAAGAUCGCAUGGCUCACCUGGGUCGGAACCAUCUCCGUAUUUACAGCCGUCAUGGUGAUUGUGAUUGGUGUGACUACCCGUGAUAGGCCCGCCAUUGCACCUCAAACUGGCCCUUUUGAUCUUGGUUACCAUGUCAUCGGCAGCCCAACAUUCGUUGCAGGCAUGACCGCAGCAGCUGCAAUUUUUGUCUCAAGUGCUGCCACGGCCGCUUUCCUCCCCGUCAUUUCAGAGAUGAAAAAGCCACGCGAAUAUAACAAGGCUGUCUAUGUCACUAUGAGCAUUGUCACCUCGGCUUACCUGGCUUUCUCCGUCGUUGUAUACUACUACUGUGGAAGAUGGGUCGCCACUCCCUCCCUAGGAUCUGCUGGCCCCACCCUCAAGAAGGUCAGCUACGGCAUUGCCAUCAUUGGGCUUGCCAUCUCAGCCUCGCUCUACGUCCAUAUCGGUGCCAAGUACAUUUUUGUCCGCGUCCUACGGAAUACUCACCAUCUGCAAGACAACAGUCUGAUCAACUGGGGUACAUGGCUCGCAAGCACCUUUGGAAUUACCAUUGCCGGAUGGUUGAUUUCUUCUGCCGUGCCAAUCUUCAACUAUUUGUUGGGACUCGCUGGAACUCUUUGCUUCGCCCCUGUGGCAAUCUCUCUCCCUGGCUGGCUGUGGUGCUACGACCACCCACACUACCGGAAGGGAACUAUUUUACAGAAAUUCCUCUACGCUAUCCAUGCCUUCCUUAUCGUGCUUGGAUUGUUCAUGACAAUUGGAGGAACCUACUCUGUCAUCCAAUCCAUCAUUGACGCUUAUGCCAACGGACAGAUUGGCAAGGCUUUUGAUUGCGCCGACAACAGCGGCACCGUGUUGAACUAG